AUUUUGGCAUGUACGUGUUGAGGUUAGGUUUAAGGUUAUACGCAGUAUACUAAUUCAAGUUUAACUUAAGUGUUUCUAUGUAAGAAAAUUGAAGCCCAGCGAACACAAUCAGAUAACUCACUAAAAAUAUUGUUAGAAAAUGAGUGAUGAAGGUCAUCCCAGUUCUUUGGAGGUUGUUGGUGAUGAAGACAGCAAGGUUAGGAAGACAAAGAAAAAGAAAUUGCUCAAGAAAGGUAUAAUAUAUGUUUCAACAAUACCACCAUUCAUGAAUGUAACGAAGAUAACAGAGAUCAUGAGUCAAUAUGGUGAAGUUGGGAGAGUUUUCCUUCAACCUGCUAAGUCAAAGAAACCAGGAAACAAACCUUCUAAACACUUCACUGAAGGCUGGGUGGAAUUUUUGAGUAAAAGAGUUGCUAAGGAAGUUGCAGCUAAUCUGAAUAAUACUAUGAUCGGUGGAAGAAAGAAAAGCCGAUAUUAUGAUUAUAUAUGGAAUUUGAAGUAUCUUCCUAGAUUCAAAUGGGUUCAUCUGAAUGAGAGGUUAGAGUAUGAGAGAGCUGUUCUGAAACAACGACUGAGAACUGAAAUAGAACAAGCCAAACGGGAAUCCAGUCACUUUGCCCACACCAUUGAACUGAGUGAGAAGUUGAAGAAGAGAAAGGUUAAAACCCAAGAACCUGUUACAAGUGAAAAGAUUCAACGGUUUGAUACGUUUAAGCAGAGGAAGACUGAAGAAGAAAUCUUGAAGAAGAAGAAGCAAGUUAAACCAGACAGGACAGAGUUCUUACAAAACUUAUUUGUUAAAUAAUUUUGUUAUUAAAAUGUGCCUUUUUAUAAUA